CUGUACACGACCUACUAUUGUUCAAGCUUGGUAGUGAAAAGGAUCCCCGAAAAGGAAUAGCUGCCGACAAUAAUGAAAUUUGCGAUAGUAAUUGCCUGUGCCGCCGUUUUGGUGGCCAGCAUGGAUGCAGCCAGCGUGCAGAUCAACAAUCAACUCUAUCAGCGUUAUGUGUGCGUUAACAAGCCCGAUGGAUUCCGCGCCUUGGUCCCCGGCACUUGCUCCCAGUACUAUGAGUGUCAGUCGGGAGUUGCCCUCGUAAACACUUGCUCGCGAUUUUUUGAUGCCAAGGUCCAGGGAUGCGUCAACUACAACACCGGCUGCAUUCAGGCUCAGCCUUCUUCCACAGGCGAGGCACCUGCUGGAGGCUCUCUUGUCAAUGAGCCUUGUGCUGAGGAAACGACAACUGCGUGUGCCCCAACAACUACAACACCCUGUGUUUCCGAAACCACCACAACACCCUGUGUUUCCGAAACCACCACAACACCCUGUGUUUCCGAAACCACCACAAGUACACCCUGUACCGUAAAGAGCACCACAACAACACCCUGCUCUACCGAGAGCACGACAACACCCUGUGCCACGGAUUCAACUACUACUACAACUCCAUGCACCACAAAAAGCACUACAACGACGCCCUGUUCAACCGAAAGCACAACGACGACAACCUGUGUAACUGAUUCAAUAACUACUACAACACCCUGUGCAACUGAAUCAACGACAGCCAGUACCACAAAAAGUACUACCACAACACCUUGUACCACAAAAAGCACUACGACGACACCCUGUGCAACUGAUUCAACUACUACAACAACACCCUGUGUAACUGAAUCAACUGCUACCACAUCAACAGCCAGUACCACAAAGAGUACCACAACGACACCCUGUUCAACCGAAAGCACAUCGACGACAACCUGUGUAACUGAUUCAACUACUUCUACAACACCCUGCGUAACUGAAUCAACUGCUACCAUAACGACGGCCAGUACCACAAAAAGCACUACCACAACACCCUGUACCACAAAAAGCACUACGACUACACCCUGUGCAACUGAUUCAACUACUACAACAACACCCUGUGUAACUGAAUCAACUGCUACCACAUCAACAGCCAGUACCACAAAGAGUACCACAACGACACCCUGUUCAACCGAAAGCACAUCGACGACAACCUGUGUAACUGAUUCAACUACUUCUACAACACCCUGCGUAACUGAAUCAACUGCUACCAUAACGACGGCCAGUACCACAAAAAGCACUACCACAACACCCUGUACCACAAAAAGCACUACGACGACACCCUGUGCAACUGAUUCAACUACUUCAACAACACCCUGUGUAACUGAAUCAACUGCUACCACAUCAACAGCCAGUACCACAAAGAGUACAACAACGACACCCUGUUCAACCGAAAGCACAACGACGACAGCUUGUGUAACUGAAUCAACUACUUCUACAACACCCUGUGUAACUGAAUCUGCUACUACAACGACAGCCACUACUACAAAAAGCACUACCACAACACCCUGUACCACAAAGAGCACUACUACGACAGCCUGUUCCACAGAAACCACAACGACGACUCCCUGUUUAACUGAUUCAAGUACUACAACUACAACACCUUGUACCACAAAGAGCACAACUACGACAACCUGUUCCACAGAAAGCACAACGACGACUCCCUGUGUAACUAUUACUACAACAACACCCUGUCCCGAAAAGAGCACUACUACAACACCUUGCUCCACAAAAAGCACUACGACAACAUCUUGUGUAACUACAACAACAGCAUGCAGUGAAGUUAGCACUACGACGACGGCGUGUGCCGUAGAGACCACAACAGCCUGUGGGCCAGAGACCACAAAGGCUAAGCCCGCCUCUGUGAAAGUUCGCCCAGCGAGACCUGUGCGUCCUGCAGUACGUCCCUUAUUGGAAACAGAUCAGCUUUCGACUUCCCAAGCCCAUGAACUGAGCAUUUCUACAUACACGAAAUACGUGUGCCGGAACAAGCCCGACGGCUUCAUGCUGGCCUCGCUGAAGAGCUGCUCCGACUACUACAUCUGUCGAUAUGGAAGACCUCUGUUGGUGAGCUGCGGCGACAAAUACUUCAAUGGCCUUAAGGGCAUAUGCGAUCUGCCCGAGAAUACGCGAUGCGUGCAGCCCCAAGCCUAAGGACGCAAGAUGGUCUCUCUAAUCAAGAUUAUCCUGAAAUGUUAACUGAUAAAAGCACAUCCUGACCCCACCUUGAUAUUUGUGUCCGAUACAUCCUACAAGAUUUUAAUGUUAAAUAACGUCCCAAUACAUGCAAAAGCUAAUACAAGCUAAAAAUAAAA